AUGAUCACGGUGGCGCUAUGGAUCCCCGUGUACGACCGGGUGGUGGUGCCGUCCGUGAGGAAGGUCACCAAGGUGGAAGGUGGCAUCACCUUGCUCCAGAGGAUGGGGAUCGGGCUGGUGUUCUCCAUCCUCUCGAUGGUAGUGUCCGGCCUGGUCGAGCGGAUGAGAAGGGCCUCUGCCCUAGCUCACGCUGGACCAGUCGGGACCACUACCCUAACGGUCUUCUGGCUGGCCCCGCAGCUGAUGCUGAUGGGGUUCGCCGAGGCAUUCAAUAUCAUUGGACAGAUUGAGUUUUAUAAUAAAGAAUUCCCGGAAAAUAUGACUAGUUUGGCAAACUCGUUGUUCUCGUGCACAAUGGCGGGGGCGAGCUAUAUAAGUGCGGCGUUGGUGAACAUCGUGCACCACACAACUGCCAAGCGCGCCCAUCCCGAUUGGUUGACCAAAGAUAUUAACCAGGGAAGGCUCGAGAACUUAGAAAUGGAAUUGAAUUCAUCAAUGCCUUCCUCGAGCCUUAUUGAUCAACAAGUGUUUUGA